CCUUUUGUAAAGCCUUGCACGAUGACGUUGAUAAAGAAACUUUUCUGCGUGAAUAUCGCGCACAGUAUAACGAACUGGAUAAUCGCUGACGGGCGACAUGGAAUUCAGUAGGCAAAAUGCGUGUUGAAUGGCAUAUUGCUGUAGCCAUCUAUGCGCCGCAAAACCUCCAAUGUAGCUUAAUAUAGUGUACAAGAUAGUGAUAGAAUCCUAUAGCUUCUAAUUCUAGAUGAAUGUGAUCUCGAUAAGUAAUUCCCUAUGUAGACACAAGUGCGUUAUAAUACGAAGUCAACCUGCCUGAGAUAUCUCUAGCCUAGACUAGCUAGCACAUGUAGGAGCUGCAGUCUGCGCAUAUAUAUACGGCUUUAACCGCAACUGUUACACAACCCCGCUUCAUUCACCCUAAAGUUCACGAGCGUUUUCUGCCUCAACUUAAUCUUCACGAGCUAUUGUGACUGUCCGAUUCGCAAGAAUGGAUGUUUGGGCCCCAUUUCGGGAUGCACGCAGCCUUGCCUGGAUUUUCCCUCCGAUAACAGCCGCUGCCUAUCUGUAUAUGCGGUCAGAAGAGCGGUCAGAAGAAGAGCUUAAGGCACCAACCAUCACUGCCAACAUUCGAUCUGGGUUCUGUGGUUAUAACGAGGUCCUGAUUUCGCGACUUCCGAUUGGUCAUUCCCAAUCAGCCUCGUGGCAAACGCUCCUGAGAUUGCUCCACGAAACGGACGCAUCUAUUCAAGUGCAUGGAAACCUAUUAGAAUCCUCUAAACAGAGCUGGACCACUCUCCCUAAAGACAAUUUAGCAAGGGAAGGUGGCGUAUCUGGAACGAAGAUAUCUCGGGCGACCUUGCUGGCUCUAUUCGCGCUAUCUAAUGCUCGUAUCAUAUACGAAUAUCCCGCUGCAACUGGCUAUCGUGCCGCGCUGGGAAGCUGGAUUGGUCAAUGGUACAUCAACUGGCCUGCUGGGGGCCAGGCCGUGGUCAUAUUGAAGGCGCACGAUUCGCAUGCUCCCAACUCCGACGUAUAUCCGCCUACCUUCGCUGCGAGAGUCGAUCGAUGUAUUCGCAUGAUGGCAGGGGUUGCGGUUGAUGCGUCACACCCAACUGACUUGAAUGUGGGAUUCCCAGGCCGACAGCCGGUUGGAGACUAUCAUCUUGAAUUCCAAGACAAGGGUUUUGGGCUAUCACACGGGAGCAGACAUCUAUAUAACAUGUGCGGCGGUAAAGUUUUCGAGAUGGAUUUUUUGCUGGCACGGAAAUUGGUAAACACCGAAAAUCUUGGUGGUGAAUCUUGGAUCUUCACCCCCAGCUUGGAAGGCAAACAGGAUACCAGAUUCUCGAUUUCGCGCGAUGUGAAGAACGUCAUAGCCCACGCGAUGGACUGCCUGCCGUGGUCGAAUCUGUCGUGGUCAGUGCAUAGAGGUAUGCGCGACAUAUUGCUGGCCUUCACUCGGCACACAAUGAACAAGUAUCGCCCUGCGCUUGCUCGCCAACUCCGAAAUACUUCAAACACCUCAUAUCAAAGCCUCGUUGACUUGGGAUGGGAAAAGAAUUUCGUGAAGAAUUAUAUGGGCCGUAUGGCUGAAUCUACAGUCCUGGCAGGCCGUGGAAACUCGGGUGACGCUAUCCGAAUAAUAACCGCAUUAGCUGAGCAAGCCCACACUAUUCCGAUCGAACAAAGAGACGAGACGAGAUUUUGGAGGAGAGAAGAACAUUAUCCGGCCCCUAUACCGGCAGAACUUGACAGCGACACCACAACAGCUCUGGUGAAAUGCGUUGUACUCGAGUGGAGUGUUGAUUUCAACUACCAGAUGUAUCAUCAGCUGCCUUUAUCAUUGGUUCUUAGUUAG